CUUAUGCUCCUCUGAGUUACAGUACUUUCAUACUCACCAUCAUCCAUGAUUCGCAAAGGUGUGUGCAUGUGCGUGCGUGACUGUGCGCGUGUGUUUGUCUCACAGGUAGAACAUGAACCAGGCUGAGAGGAAAAGCUCUCCCAGCGGAGGAGAAGAGGGAGAGGGUCUAUCUUCAGAGGAAAUCCCCCUCUCCGCCCAGGCACCUGACGCGGCACUGCAAGAGGAGGGACCUAGCACAAACAUAUCAGCCAGCCCUGCCUACCAGUGUCUAGACGAGCUUUUCUCUCUGGGGAAAAUCAGUGGGAACAUGCUGGCCCGGCUGAAGGCCAGUUACAGCCUGCUCCAUGACACUCUCAGGAGCUCCCAGGAGUCAGAGAUCCAGCUCCUGCAGCAGGCUCGGUGUUUUCGAGCCCAGCUGGAGCUCCAGGGGCAGGACCUGGAGAGGGCGGAGACCUUCCCCGAAGUGGAGGAGUCGGAGGUCGGCCGCAUGAGGCAGCAGCUCCUCAAGUUCCACAACGACCUGCUGAUGGCCGAGGAGAGGGAUUACCAGAUGAACUACCAGCUGGAGUGCUGCGUGGAAGAGAAGGCCUGCCUGGAGAAGGAGUACGAGGCUCAGCCCAAGCCUGUAGAGCUGGAGAAGAGAGCCAGGCUUCUGAAGGAGAGCAGUGAGGAGCUGAGGAAGGAGGUGACCCAGCGGAGGCAGGAGAUCAGGAGCCUGCAGGAGGACAUGCAGGCCAGGCAGAGACUCCUGCAGAGGGAGCACAGGGAGCUGGAGGACAAGAAGGAGGUCAUAGACAUUAACCAGGCUGAGCUGGCACAGAUUCUCUCUGUACCUGGGCAGCUGAGUAAGGAGAUAGAGAGAAUAAACCGAAAGAAAACGGAGGUGGAGAGGAGGAAGGCAGCGCUGCAGGAGCAGGCGGAGGAGCUGGCGGCGCUGCGGGGCCGUACGGAGGCCAGGAGCCUGGCCCUGGAGGAGGAGCGCAGGGAGGUGAUGAGGGAGCUGGAGGGGAGGAGGACCCUGCUGGAAGCCGCUGACAGGGAGCACAACAUGCUGCUGAAGGAGCAGGACAUGAACAAGGAGAAGGAAGCCCUCCUGAUGGGACAGAGGGGAGUACAGGAACUGAAUCUGAGUCACAUCAGCGUGGAGAGGAAGAACGUGCACGACAGCCUCUCCCGGAAGCUGAGAGAGAGAGACCGGCAGAUCAGGGGCCUGAAGAAGAUGGAGCAACAGCUGAAACUGGCCAAUGACACGCUGGCGCACACCCAGGUGCUCUACAACAAGACCAAGUGCGAGAGGGACGCCCUCCCCCGAGGGGACAGUAACCUGCAGAGGAGGCUAGAACUGCACAAGGAGGUGGAGACUCUCAAACAAAAGCUGAUCCACCAGUCGUGUGCGGAGGUGGAGGCCCAGCUGAUGGAGCGCUGCAUGGAGCAGGAGCAGGCCCUGGUGAGGGAGACCUUCCGCUGCAGGGAGGAGCUGCACAUGCUGGGCUGCCUGGCUCAGAUCAAGUCUGACGAGAGGGAACACAAGUCCCGGGAGCUGCUCCGAGCCGGGAAAAGGUACACCCGCAUCAAACAGGAAGUGAUGGGGAAGAGUCUGGUGAUCCAGGAACACAAGAAACAGAACCAGGAGAUACAGGCCAGACUGGGCGUGUUCGCCAAGCUGUAUGACAUCAUCAAGGGCGACAGGAACAAGUGUGUGAACCUGAUCCAGAUGGCGUCGCAGAGGACGGCCGAGAUGAGGGAGAAGUUCAAGAUCCUGGAGAACGAGAUGGAGAUCCUCAGGACCACAGUCGUCAUCAAGGAGAAGCUGCUGCAGAAGUCUCGCCUGAAGCACAUCCACAGCCGCACCAUCAGAGACAGCCUGAGGAACGACCUGGCCCAGGUGUCCUGGACGCUGCAGGACAUGAGUCACAAGAGGCAGGAGCAGAAGCUGGAUCUGGUGGAGCUCACGCGCAUCAUCAGCGUCCACGAGCAGAACCUGCUGCAGCUGCGCAAGACCCACGACGCCGCCGUGCAGGGCCGCAACGAGCGGGGCGUGCAGCUUCUGGAGCGCGAGGAGGAGAUGUGUAUCUUCUACGAGAAGGUGAACGUCCAGGAGAGCCUGAUCAGAGAUGGGGAUGUGGCCAUGCAGGCCCUGGAGGAGCACAUGCGCUCCCAGCAGAUGACCAUCAGCCAGGAGACACGGCAGAUCCACCUCAGCAGGAAGAUGCUGCCCUGCAAGAGAGCCCUGGCGGAGGAGAGCACCUCACUGCAGAGACAGCUGUCAGAGUGUAAGGACCAGAUGCUGGAGCUGGAGAAGGCUCUAGAAGACCCUGGGCAGGAGAACAGGGCCCGGGUGCUGGGGGGGAAGGACCCGUCGCCUGUGGAAAUGAUCAAGAAAAUAGAACAGUUGGAGGUGCGCCUAGCGGAGCAGGAAGAGCUGCUUCUGGAGAAGGAGCUGGUCUAUGAUCAGGUGACCAGACUCUCCCGGCGAAUCAGAGCCAAGGCUGAGAACGGCAAACAGGAUACCCUGGACCUGGCUAAGAAGGUGAACGAGCUGCAGGGCCGUGUGAAGGAGGUGACGAGGCAGAUGAUGGCGGUGGUGUCGGAGCUGUCCAUGCGCCAGGCCUCCGCCAUGUCCCUGCAGCAGGAGGUGAGGGAGGGCGAGCUGCGGCUGGACUCCUGCCGGCGCCGCCUGGCCCAAGGCCUGCCCCCCUCCCCGGAGAUGGAGGACCAGUGGCAGAGGAUGCUCCGCCACCAGCAGCAACGCCACGACGCCUCGCAGGAGAGAGAGAGGCUGCUGGAGGAGGAGCAGAGGACGCAGCUCCCCAGCGGGGUGUACACCACGGCCGAGGCCCGUCCCAACGCCUACAUCCCCCAGGGGGACGAGCUCCCGCUGCCCCGCCCCUACGGAGGCCUGGCGCCCUUCAAGCCCUCCGAGCCCGGAGCCAACAUCAGACACGUCCGCAAGCCCCGGCUGAAACCCAUCGAGAUCUAGACCCCCCCCCCCCCACACACACACACACACACACACACACACACACCUUUACAGACUCACACACAAACACACAUUAUAGACUUGCACGAUUACACACACACCUUUACAGACUCACACACACACACACACAUUAUAGACUUGCACGAUUACACACACACCUUUACAGACUCACACACACACACACACUCUUACAUGAACUCAAUCACACCUUUGAGACAGGAUAUUUUGAAGAGUGCAUGGGUCAGAGCUCUGAGAGAACCACUGCAGGACCACGUGCCUCACGACAUGUGAUUCUCAGCACAGAUCAUUAAAUACAGCUCUAUUCUCCCCACGUAGCACCUCCUUCCUUCCUCCUACCAAAGUCUCGGCCCAGACACAGUGCAUAUGUUUGUUAUUGUGAGCUGAGGUACAAACACACACUUCAACUUGCACUCAAAAAC